AUGGAGUUCUCACACCACUCCUCCAACCCACUCGAAGCCUCCACAUCCGACGCGACAAACACGGCGUAUAAACGCGUGCUGGAUCGGACGAGGCGGAAUCAGAGCUCAUGUGCUUCUUCUGAUGAGCUUGGGCAUUGGUCGAAUAGGGAUGAGUAUUUGGAGCAUAUUGGUGAUGUUACGGGGAUGAGUGUGAGUCGUGUGGUUGGGGGUGGGGCGAAGCGUGGGGGUGAGGAUGUGACGCCGAAGGCUGGGUCGAGUCGGCUUCGGAGUCGUGUUGUUUUAGAGGGUGAGGGUGGUGGUGGGGAUGGGGAUGAGAUGCAGAGCGAGGAAGAGGAAGAUGAGCUUAAUCUUUCGCCACGGAAGAAUGUGGUGGCUGAGAUGGAGACGCCUCGCGGACAGAUGGGUCGCGCGAAGGCACCGCCGAAAUUUGGCGUGCUUGUUAUACCGCCUUUUCGGAAGAAGGAGGAUGUGGCUGCUAAAGCUCCUAUGGAGGAUGUGGCUAACGAGGUGGUCCAAGAAGAUCAAGAAGAAGAACAGGGAAUGUACGAAGAUGAAGACGCAGUGGUGCAGAUGGAGAUGCAGCAACGCGAAGAGCAAGGCGAGCAGUUCAUAGAGGUCGACGAGAACGGGCAGUACCUCGACCUCCACGAAAUCGACGACGACGAGAUGGCAGAAGAAGAAGACGAGCGUUCCUCGAGCCCACUCACCCCCUGCUCCUCCGACCGCUCCUCGCCGUCCCCCUACUCAUCCCCACAAUCCUCGCGCCCCUCCUCCCCAAACGAAGCCUACACCCUCACCAAGCGUCCCCCCGAAGAACAAGACGAGAUCCGCGAAGAGUUCGAGGAGCUGUACGACGCCGUCCCGGCGCUGCGCGAGGACUACGAGCUCGUCGACCGUCUCGGCACCGGCACGUUCUCGUCGGUGUACAAAGCCAUCGACCGGAAUUAUCGCGAGUUCCAUAAUGCGCCGUGGUUGGGGCACCACCCGCCGCAGAGCAGCGCGUAUUAUCAAGCUGCUGGGCCUGGGUAUAAGGGCCGUGGCGGGCGCGCGGCGCGUUGGAGGCGGUCGGGUAUGGAUAUGGAUGUAGAUGGAGAUGGGGAUGGGGAGGAAGAGAGGGUGCCUGAGCAGGUGUUUGUUGCUAUCAAGCGCAUCUAUACCACCAGUGGACCUGAGCGCAUCAGGAAUGAGCUCGCGAUUAUGGAAGAGUGCAGGAGCUGUCGACACACGUCGCAGAUUAUCACUGCGUUCCGGAAUGAAGACCAGGUCGUCAUUGUCCUGCCUUACCAGCGGAAUAUGGAUUUCCGGGAAUUUUAUCAGGAUUUGCAUCCAGAAGGGAUCAAAUGUUAUUUCAGAUGUCUAUUUCGUGCGCUACGAGAUAUUCAUGAGAGGGGUAUAAUCCACCGCGACGUCAAGCCCGCCAACUUUCUCUAUAACCCCUUCACCGGAGUGGGAACGCUGUGUGAUUUCGGGCUGGCAUCAAGAAUGGAAGUAACCCACCCGCUUGGAAAAUGUAUGCAUACGCACCCGACACUGGAGGAGCCGCAUGGGGCUUACAUGCCACCUGGUCCGGCUGAGAUACAAGAGAUCAAGCAGAAGCAGAAGUUGGCGCGGGCGAGGUGUAACAUGCCCUCUGAGAAAGUGGGCUAUCCGGAGAAAGAUACACGGCCGAGCAGUAAAGCGAAUCGGGCGGGCACGAGAGGGUUCCGGGCGCCUGAGGUGCUGCUUAAAUGCGGUUCGCAGAGCGGAGCUAUCGAUGUGUGGUCGGCUGGGAUCAUUUUGUUGUUCUUUUUGACUGGAAAAUUCCCCAUUUUCCAGUCGAAUGAUGAUAUUGAGGGGCUCAUGGAAAUCGCCGUAAUCAUUGGGAAAAGGAAAAUCGAACGAGCUGCUACUCUUCACGGUCGAACUAUAGCUACGAAUAUACCAGACCUGGAUCAAGACGGUAUCUCCUGGAAAGAAUUCGUAGAACGACUGAACCCUGGUAUCAAAGAGCCCAGGAAAUACGACAUGCGCUUCUAUCCGCACAACAGCAAACACCGAGACGGGCGCGGAUCAAUGAUGCCGCCUCCGCCUCCGCCUCCCUCAUCCUCACCUACCUCGCUAGACGGGUCCGAUACACUCGUCAACCCCACAUCAGCAUCAACAGCAGUGGCAGCGCACAAACAGUCCGAUCGACACGCGAACCCGCCGUCGGCGGAGCGGCACGCAAAGGAGAUGAAAUAUGCAUUCGACUUUCUCGAGAUGGUGCUCCAUUUCGAGUCCACAAAGCGCGCGACGCCGCGGAAGGCUCUGUAUCACAAGUUCCUAGAGGACGAGGCGGGCGCGCCGGAGGACGACGAUGUCGCGCCGCGCCGUAAUGGCGAAGGGCAGUGUGAGAAGUGGCAUACUGUGGACCCGCAUGGAAACCACUAUGCGGUGCUUUUGAGGCCGUGUUGGUGUAGGAGCAGACGGGAGGAUGUGUUGGGUGAGCCGGAGGAGGAGAUUGAUUUGGAUGAGGAGAGCGAGGAUGAGCUGGAGGAUGGGCAUGGGCUGGGCCAGGGGGGAGCGUGUACGGUGUUGGUGCCGUAUAAGCUUAUACUUAAUGCUGGAGAGGGCGUUGCGUUUGGGCGGGAGCCGUGUGAGCUGCAUAAAGCUGACGAGUACAGGUUGUGGACUCUCCAACGUAAUGCGGAGGGGAAGCUGGUGGCUGUACCAAGUUAUGACACUUGA